CUCUCCAGAGCCCCCUGCCGCGCGCCUUCCCCGGGCUCCGCUCUCCCCCCCCCGCGCGGCCGGCGAAUGGUUCCUCCCAGCCCGGCCUUUCUGCCCUCCCCCCGCUCCGAUGGUCUGUGCCGUGUUGCCGCGCAUGCGUGCUGCGCCCGGCACGAGGUUUCUGAGCAAGAUGAGCGCGGAGCGGCUGCGGCUGGUGCGGGAUCGCGUGCGGGACUUCCCGGACUUCCCCGCGCCGGGGGUGCUCUUCCGAGAUAUCACUCCACUGCUGAAGGACCCAGAGGCAUUCCGAGCUGCCAUCGAUCUCCUGGAAACUCACGUGAGGGACCAGCAUCCCCAGGUGGAGUUAAUUGCAGGCUUGGAUUCGCGAGGCUUCCUCUUUGGACCAAUCCUGGCUCAGCGUCUGGGAGUCGGGUUUGUGCUGAUCCGUAAAAAGGGGAAGCUCCCGGGCCGUACGGAAUCCGUCUCUUAUACCCUUGAAUAUGGAAAGGCAGAGCUGGAAGUUCAGAGCGACGCAGUGCAGCCAGGCCAGAAAGUGAUCUUAAUCGACGACUUGCUGGCCACGGGAGGAACGAUGCGAGCUGCUUGCGAGCUGAUGUCCAAGCUGAAGGCAGAGAUCCUGGACUGCGUGGUGCUCAUCGAGUUGAAAUUCCUUCAAGGGGCUGACCUGCUCAAGCCGUUCCCGCUGUACUCAGUGCUGCAGUAUGACUGACUGGGGGGGGGGGGCAGGAGGAGGCCCUCACGCUCUGCAGCUGCCUGCAUCGUUUGGGGAGACCCUCUUCCCAUUUCCGAGCUUCUUUCCAGCUCUGCGGGGCAUUCGGGUGGCCUGGUUUAUGCCAACACAAGCCUUAGGCACGCCUCCAGCAGGCAAGCAACUCUCUGUCUGGCUGUGUUGGACUUAAUUGGGCGCGCUGGGAUCAAAGUGACCCAAGAAUUGAGGCACUCCUUGUUUUGUUGAGACAGGGCUGGAGGAUUGGUCCUGCCACCUGCUGAGAAAUCCCUCACCCUGUCUUGCAAUCUGGGCCUUAGACUGGCUAAGACAAACGUUUGCUGUGAUUUAGGUUUCCCGCUAAACAUACAAGCCACACACACCCUUUUUUUUUUUUAUUUCGCAACUCAGGCUGUUGCCUUAAUUCCACUGUCACGAGGUGGGACUUCCUCAGUCGGACACCCUUGGAGGGGUAAACAGAGACAUCUGGCUGCAGAAACGGAGUGAGGGUUUGACCAGCCUAGGAAGGGCUUGGCCAUAGCUAGAAGUGGCUACUGGCAGGACAACAUUGGCCUGACCUUUUAAGGGCUGCUGGUGGCUUCAAGGUCUCAGCUGGAGGAAAAAAAGAGCCGUCUCCCAAACAGGACAGCCUGGAUUUUCCCUUAGUAUUAGCCCACUGCCCUUUUUGAACCUUGUAGAUUUAAUCCACAGCACCACUCCCAUCUCUGUUUGCACCAGACCCUUUGGCACUGAUGCUGUAGCGACUCCAGGCACGCCUUGACAGUAGAAACCUCAGUGACUUCUUUUACAUGGAUAUUUUCCAUCUGCCCACAGACGGGCAGGGGUUUUUCCUACCACCUCUGACACAAAGCAGUCCUUUCUGUUCAAGAGUGCUAUACCCAAAGAGCGUAUCUUUCAUUGCACUAAUAAAUGUGUGGAGUGCUGCUUCUCUGCUGCAGUCAGAAUUGUAAA